AUGGCGAGGGCCCCUGCGCUGGAGGUGCAGGGCGUGCUGCAGGCGCAGUGGGAGCGCGAGGCGCGGGGCGAGCAGGCAUCAGGGCAUCUCAUAAAGGUUCUGUCGCUGUUUGCGCACGCUGCCGUGCGAUACGCGCUGUGGGCCGCGGGUCAAGUGCCAGAGCCGCUCGAUACACUCGCGUUGCACGCGCGCUACGCGCUGGACGAGCAAGGGGAGGACGCCGAAGUGCUUGUACCGGCAGUAUCCUAUGCAGUCAAUGGGGCGGUGCCUGGCGACGUGCCGCGGGGGAUCCGCGACGCGCGCCUGCGCGCGAUCGUCGAGCUCGUGCAUGCGAGUACGCAGCUCGAGGCACAGCUUUACGGCGCAUUUGCCUCGAUACAGAACGACGCGCCGCACCUCGUGCACCUCGCCGUGGUGCACGGCGCGUCGCUCCACUUUGCCAAGGCGGUGUGGGUGUGGUCGCUCGAGGACGUGCUCGCUCCCGCUCCCUCGCACGCGUCCGACUCGCCGGCUGCCGAGACGCAGCGCAAAAAGGUCGCAGCGCUCCUUGAGCGCAAGCUCGAUGCGCCGCCUCCUGAGGAGGAAGAAGCGAUGGAGGAGGUCGAUGAAGAGGCCGACGCUGCGCCUCCUGCAAAUGAUACCCCUGAGCGAGUCUCGCGCAUGCACCUGCCUACUUCCACUAUUAACCGGGUGUACAUUGCCGCGGCGCUCUUUUCGGCGGCUACGGUGCAUUGCCAAAAGCUCAAGGUGCCCAACCCUCCUGUGAUGGACACGUCCCUGGACGGUACCUGGUCGACGGGCACUGGCGCCGUCGAGACAGGACAGAAAUACUUUAACCUUGUGAAUAUCUCGUUCAAUAUCCCCCAGAACUCGGGGCAGUCAUACAGUUUCAAGUCCUCGUCGCCGGGGUCGACGACAGGAUACUGGGAGCAGCUCCUGUAUCAGUACUCUGUGCUUACCGACCUCGGUCCUGGCUGUUACCAGUCGCAGCUGAUUUGGCAGCACGGAAACUAUACGAUCCUCAACGACAACCGGAUUAUCCUCGAGCCAUACGGCCCCGACGGCCGCCAGCAGGUGUCGAGUCCGUGUGAGCGCAAGAACGACCAGGUCGGAUACUACGGACACAGAAAAGAGGAAAUGAAAGGAUUCGAUAUCACGACGUACCUGCACUACGGCCAGCCGUCGUACAAGCUGCAGCUGUACGAGUUUGACGGCACGCUCAAGCCGUCCAUGUACCUCAAGUACAGGCCUGCUGCGAUGUACCCAACGAUGCCGCUGCACAUGAAUGUCAUUGGUGUGGCUUCGUAG